AUGACCCAAUAUGUGUUCCUCUCGGUGUUUGGAUUGUCUUAUGAUAAAUACAUUGCAUUGCCCGCCAAUGAUACCAGGGGAGGUGUUCUGAUUGCUUGGAAGGGCAGCUCUUGCCAGGCAAUUGCUUCUAGGGUGGAUACCUUUUCGGUGCCCGUCCUGUUCUCUGAGCAAGAAGGCCGCAAUUGGUGGUUCACCGGAGUCUAUGGACCACAAAGAGAUGAGGAGAAGAUGUUGUUCCUACAAGAACUUAGAAACUGUAAGGCUCUGAACAAUGGACCUUGGUUAGUGGCAGGAGACUUCAAUCUAAUAUACCAAGCUGCUGACAAGAAUAAUGCAAAUCUGGACAGGGCUAUGAUGGGAAGAUUUAGGCGGUUUUUGGAUGACACCGAGAUCAAAGAAAUACCUUUGCUGGGCCGUAAAUACACAUGGUCCAAUGAGAGGAGGUCUCCCACAUUGGUUCAGUUGGAUCGUGCAUUCUGCUGUGUUGAGUGGGAAGGCAUUUUUCCUAAUUCAGUUCUGCAGAGUACGACAGCAGGAGUAUCUGAUCACUGUCCGCUUAUCCUUGGCUUAAAAGUGAGCACCGGCGGCAAGCGUCGUUUUCAUUUUGAAAGCCUCUGGACAAAGGUCCCAGGAUUUAUAGAUGCUGUCAAACAGAAUUGGGAAGCACCAGUACAGUCUGAUUGCGCCAUUGAGCGGUUUUCUCUGAAACUGCAGUGGCUCAGUAGAGGGUUACAAAAAUGGGGACAAAGGAAGGUGGGGAAUAUCAAACUCCAGCUUGAGAUGGCUGAGGAGGUCCUUCACCGCUUGGAAAUUGAAAGGGAUUCAAGGGAUCUUACUGAUGAAGAGGAGUGGCAGCGCAAGAAACUCAAACUCCAUUGUCUUGGGUUGGCUUCUCUUGAACGAACCAUCGCUUGGCUUCGUUCUAGAAUUCUGUACCUUAAGGAAGGAGAUGCCAACACUGCAUUUUUUCAUCAGCAGGCUAGAUUCAGGAAAAAGAAGAACUUUAUUCCAAAGUUGCAGGCUGGAGAUCAAGUGGUUGUUUCACAGGAGGAGAAACAGCAAGCUGUGUUUGACUAUUUUGAUGGUAUCCUUGGAAGGGCAGAGGAGAGGGAGUACUCUAUUGAUCUGAAUACAUUGGGCGUUCAACAACAUGAUCUUUCUAUUCUGGAGGCUCCUUUUUCAGAAGAGGAAGUAUGGGCUACUAUAAAGGACAUACCUUUGGAUAAGGCCCCAGGACCGGAUGGGUUUACUGAGCAGUUCUAUAGAACAUGUUGGAAUAUUAUCAAAGGAGACAUUUACCGGGGCCAUGUGUUCAAGUUCAGGCUCCUUAACUCGGCCUUCAUCACCUUGUUGCCAAAGAAGAUGGAUGCAGUUCAAGUAAAGGAUUUUAGGCCUAUAAGCCUGAUUCAUAGUUUCGCUAAAUUGGUAACUAAAAUUAUGGCUAAUCGAUUGGCCCCUUUCUUACCAUCUCUGAUCUCUAUGAACCAAAGUGCGUUUGUGAGAGGAAGGAAUAUCCAGGACAAUUUCAUUUUAGUGCAGCAAAUGGUGAAAUCUCUGCACAGAAAGAAGGAAGCUCACAUCUUGCUCAAGUUGGAUAUAUCUAAGGCAUUUGAUUCUGUGUCCUGGUCAUUUCUAUUGGAAGUCUUGCGACAUGUGGGGUUUGGACAGCGGUGGUGUGACUUAUUAUGCCUGAUCCUGUCAACUUCCUCCACACAAGCAUUGGUUAAUGAAUUGGAACAACUUCUGUGUGCCUUCAACAACAAUGAGGCAGAAAUGGAGAGGAUAAAUAGAGCCUACAUUGUCCUACUGCCCAAAAAGCCAGGUGUGAUCUCACCUGCAAAAUUUCUCUGUGAAGCCCAUCUCGAAGGUCCUCACAAUUCUGAAGCAGAGUGCAGCCAGUUCAAAGCAGUUCUGCAGUGCAAAGUUGACAGUUUCCCUCAGGUGUACCUGGGGCUCCCCCUCUCUGAUGUCAAGCUCAAUUUGUCAGCAUUUACUCCAUUGAUUGCAAGAGCAAAUAAACAGCUCACGGGAUGGCAAGCGAUGUUCCUGAACCCCAAAGGAAAACAAGUUCUUGUGAACUCAGUUGUGGACAGUGCCAUCUCUUACCUCAUGGCUGCUAUGCUUCUUCCUGCAGAAACUAUUGAAUCCUUAGACCAGAAAAGAAGAACCUUUAUUUGGUCAGGGAAGGACCGCACCAAUGGGGCUAGAUGCCUAGUUGCAUGGAAUCAGGUGUGCAUGCCGAAAGAAAAAGGGGGGCUCGGAGUGAAGGACGUUGCCGUUCAAAACCAAUGCUUGCUGCUGAAACUUCUCCAUAGGCUGCAUCACCCCGCCAACUCGGCUUUGGCUCAGUGGGCACGUGAAGAAGUGGAUUUGAGCAUUUUGAAAGGUAAAAAUGCUGUUGGUCCUCAUUGGGAGGCGUUGCGCUCACUUCUUCCAGUGUACCAGAGUAUCACCUUUGUAGACGGUGAUGGCCGAGCAACAGACUUUUGGAAUGACUGCUGGACAGGGAAGGUGCCGCUAGCUGCUUGCUUCUCUAACCUCUUCAGUAAUGCAAAGGUUAAAGAAAUUCAGCUUCUUUUUUAA